UAACCGUUGGACUCGCAGCGCCGCGGCCAGCAUGGAGUUUGAGGAGUCCGGUAUUGGGGAGGAGUGCGGGGUUUUCGGCUGCGUGGCCGCCGGAGAGUGGCCCACCCAGCUAGAGGUGGCUCAGGUUCUCACUCUGGGACUGGUGGCGUUACAGCACAGAGGUCAGGAAAGUGCUGGGAUUGUCACAAGCAAUGGAGCCAGUCCGCCUACAUACACGAGCCACAAGGGCAUGGGAUUAGUGAGCACCGCUUUUGCACCAGAGGCUCUGCUCCAACUGCGCUACGGGAACCUUGGGAUCUGCCACACACGCUACUCAACGACUGGGUUCUCGGAGCUGCAGAACUGCCAGCCCUUUGUGGUCGACACGCUGCACGGCAGGAUCGCCGUGGCGCACAAUGGAGAGCUGGUCAACUCCCGUGCCUUAAGGAAAAAGGUAAUGCGCCAUGGAGUCGGUCUCUCCACCGGUUCAGACAGCGAGCUCAUCACCCAGCUGCUGGCGCUGACUCCGCCCAUGGAGGAGCUGGACACCCCUGACUGGGUUGCCAGAAUUAAAAACCUCAUGACAGAAACACCCACCUCUUAUUCGCUGCUGAUCAUGUUCAAAGAUGUCAUCUACGCAGUGCGUGACCCGUACGGGAACCGGCCCCUAUCCAUAGGAAGGCUUGUUCCCAUCUCUAGGCUCCACAGUCCAGGUGCAGGAGAAGAGGACACUGAGGGAUGGGUUGUGUCAUCAGAGUCCUGCAGCUUCCAGUCCAUCGGAGCAAAGUAUUACAGGGAGGUCUUACCAGGAGAAAUAGUUCAGAUAUCCAGGUUUGGAGUGAAAUCUCUAAGCGUCAUUCCUCGCCCUGAAGGAGACCUGCCCGCCUUCUGCAUCUUUGAAUACGUUUAUUUUGCCAGACCAGACUCCAUUUUUGAAGGGCAGAUGGUGUAUACCGUGAGGCAGCGCUGUGGCCGCCAGUUAGCCAUCGAAGCUCCGACAGACGCAGACCUGGUCAGCACGGUGCCGGAGUCCGCCACCCCUGCUGCUCUGGGCUACGCUCAGCAGUCUGGCCUCCCGUACACGGAGGUUCUGUGCAAGAACCGCUACGUGGGAAGAACGUUUAUUCAGCCAAAUACCCGCCUGAGGCAGCUGGGAGUGGCCAAGAAGUUUGGGGUGCUGACCGACAACUUCGCAGGGAAACGAGUGGUGCUUAUUGAUGACUCCAUCGUCAGGGGCAACACCAUCUCCCCCAUCAUCAAGCUGCUGCGGGAAGCUGGAGCAACAGAGGUUCACAUCAGGGUGGCGUCUCCACCCAUCAAGUUCCCCUGCUACAUGGGCAUCAACAUCCCAACCAAAGAGGAGCUCAUCGCCAACAAGCCAGAGUUUAAGGACAUUGCUGGUUAUAUUGGUGCCGACAGCGUCGAGUAUCUGACCGUGGAGGGACUCGUCUCUGCUGUCCAGGAGGGAAUCUCCUCCUUCCAGAAGGAGAAUGUCAGCUCCUACAAGGAAGUAGGCCACUGCACCGCCUGUCUAACUGGGAAAUAUCCAGUAGAACUCGAGUGGUAACUGGAACAGUAGCAGCAGCUGCAUAGUGGAGGGACUCAGUCCUGCCAUCUGAAGUAAAGAAACUGUUCCACAACUACGGUGCAGGCAUUUCUGCAGUCUCUGCUCGCAACUUUAAACCGUUUAAAAAUCGUCACCUUCCUAAAAUAAUGGUCUAAGUCAUUUUUUGCCAAGUGAUUUCUUUUUUUUUUUUUGUCUAAAUCAUCUUUUGGUUAAAAAAAAAAAAAAAGACUCUCACCACUAUUUUAGGAAGGCGACAAAAUACUGCUUUUGGUUGAGCUUUACAACACUACUUUUUUCCUAAAUCAAUGGAUGUGUGAUUAAUUUUCUAAGCACACUAAUAACUAUGUAUAUUUGUUUCCUUUGUAUGUUUAAACACCAAAUGUGUUUAGAAAAAAACUUUGUAUUCCAAGCAUUUUCAUAUCAGAACAUUAAAAUGUGCAAGAAACACAACUGGAGACCAAAAAUAUUAAACUCUUACUCGAUGUCUUUAAA